CGCCGGUUCAGUAUAGUCUUACUCAUACCGACACGACGGCACUUUAUCCGCAGAGUGUUUGCAGCGUGCAAUUGCAGCAGCAUAACAGCAGCAUUUAACGACGUAUUCAGAAGCGAUCGUUUUUCGGUCGACCGUAGUCGGAAAAAAGUAUUAUUUUAUCGCACAACAUAUUAUAUUAUUAUAAACAUCGUCAUGCCUAUUGUCAUGCCAGUCGCAUCGGUUCCCAAAGAUUACGCGAUUACGCGCCCGGUUGAGUUAAUGGUGACCGCGUCUGGGGUACAGGUUGUCCAGGACGAGACGUCCGGCGGCAAAGGUCCGUCGCUGCAGUCUCUAUCGGCCGCGGUGUGCGGAUACCGGAGUGCGCCGAACGCAGCGGACCAUGAGGCGUUCAUCCGGGACGCGGUGCGGCUGAUGCUUGAGCAGGCGGUAUUCCGGGGAACAGAACGCCGGAAUCCUGUACUUAACUGGAAGAGCCCGGAAGAGCUGCAGGCCGCAUUCGACUUCACCCUGGACCGUUCGCCCACCACCCAUGGUCACUUGUUGCACUUGCUCGAGGACACCAUAGAACAUAGCGUCAAGACCGGACAUCCGUAUUUCAUCAAUCAACUAUUCUCCAGCGUCGACCCUUACGGUUUGAUCGGCCAGUGGCUAACCGACGCACUCAACCCAAGCGUGUAUACGUUUGAAGUAGCGCCUGUCAUGACCAUCAUGGAGGAAACGGUGUUGACGGAAAUGAGGAAGUUUUUGGGAUACCCCGAUGGCAAGGGCGAUGGUAUAUUUUGUCCGGGUGGUUCGAUAGCCAAUGGCUAUGCAAUCAACUGUGCCAGAUUUUCCGCUUUUCCCGAGGUCAAGACAAAAGGGAUGCAUGGAUUGCCAAGGUUAGUAGUGUAUACGUCAGUUGAUGCGCAUUAUUCUAUCAAAAAAUUAUGUGCAUUCGAGGGAAUCGGUUCGGAUAAUUUGUAUUUAAUCAACACAGACGCAAAGGGAAAAAUGGAUGUGAGUCAUUUACGACAGCAAAUUCAACGAACCUUAGAAGAAAAGGCAGUUCCUAUUAUGGUGUCUGCUACUGCAGGUACAACAGUCCUGGGGGCGUUUGAUCCGAUAGCGGAAAUUGCUGACGUAUGCCAUGAAUACGGAAUAUGGUUACACGUUGACGCGGCUUGGGGAGGCGGAGCUUUAAUGUCUAAAAAACACAAGCACCUGUUGACCGGAAUCGACAGAGCCGAUUCAGUUACCUGGAACCCUCAUAAAAUGCUUACUGCACCACAACAGUGUUCAACGUUUUUAACUAAACACAAAAGUGUGCUAACUGAAAGUAAUUCUUCUUGCGCUCAAUAUCUAUUCCAAAAAGACAAGUUCUAUGACACGACGUACGAUACGGGUGAUAAACACAUACAGUGCGGCCGUCGUGCGGAUGUGUUCAAAUUUUGGUUCAUGUGGAAAGCCAAAGGAACAGAUGGACUAGAAGCGCACGUUGACGAAAACUUUGAUAACGCAAAGUAUUUCACCGAGAUGAUACGGAACAGACCAGGUUUCAAAUUGGUAUUAGAAGAACCAGAGUACACGAAUAUAACGUUUUGGUACAUACCACCGAGCCUGCGUGGAUGUCAGAACGAACCGGAUUUUAAAAAUAAACUACAUAAGGUGGCGCCAAAAAUUAAAGAGAGAAUGAUGAAGGAAGGAACGAUGAUGAUCACGUACCAGCCGGUCGAUGAUUUGCCGAAUUUCUUCAGACUUGUGCUUCAAAACUCUUCAUUAGACCAAGCUGAUAUGGAUUAUUUCGUGAACGAAAUUGAACGGCUGGGUUCCGAUUUGUAAUUAUUCGUUGUUAGUUCCUGAUAUAGAUUUUUAAUAUAUUAUAUUUUUCAUGUGCUAUGUAUUGUUUACUCACAAGCGCGAUAGGUAUACUAAAUUAUAUUAUAAUUAUAUUGUUUUAUUAUUAUUAAAUAUGUAAGCUCUUGCAAAGAGAUAAAGAAAGUUUACUAUCAUUAGUAUUGUAAUCAA